CCCGGCUGCCCUCCCACCCCUGCCCAAACCCCCCCCAUGCUGGCAGCGCCGAGCUCUGCCUGCUGCCGCCUUGGUUUUGCUCCGCCGGCUGCCGAAGCCACGAGCCGCCGGGAUGGGGCCUGCUGAGGAACUGGUCCGGAUUGCCAAGAAAUUGGAUAAGAUGGUGGCCAGGAAGAGCACGGAAGGGGCACUGGAUCUGCUCAAGUCCCUCACCGGCUACACCAUGACCAUCCAGCUGCUCCAGACCACGCGGAUCGGGGUGGCCGUCAACUCGGUGAGGAAACACUGCUCGGACGAAGAGGUGGUGGCCUCGGCCAAAAUCCUCAUCAAGAACUGGAAGCGGCUGCUGGACUCUGCCGACUCGAGAGCCUCUGUGGGCACCAGCCCCUCACCAGCUCCCACCAGCUCCUGGAGAAACUCCAGCGACAGCAAGGAGGAAAGCAAGGCCAAACCGGAGACGCCACGGACCCCCACCAGCCCCCCCUUCUCGCCAAGCCCCUGCCUCCUGGCCCCCUGCUAUCUCACGGGGGACUCGGUGCGGGACAAGUGCAUCGAGAUGCUGACGGCUGCCCUCCGCAUGGACGAUGACUACAAGGAGUUCGGUGUCAACUGCGAGAAGAUGGCAUCAGAGAUUGAAGACCAUAUCUUCCAGGAGCUGAAGAGCACGGACAUGAAGUAUCGCAACCGGGUGCGGAGCAGGAUCAGCAACCUGAAGGACCCCAAGAACCCCAGCCUGCGGAGAAACGUGCUGUGUGGGGCCAUCCUGCCCAGCCUCAUCGCCCGCAUGACCGCCGAGGAGAUGGCCAGCGAUGAGCUGAAGGAGCUGAGGAACACCAUGACCCAGGAGGCCAUCCGGGAGCACCAGAUGGCCAAGACGGGCGGCACCGUGACCGACCUCUUCCAGUGCGGCAAGUGCAAGAAGAAGAACUGCACGUACAACCAGGUGCAGACACGCAGCGCCGACGAGCCCAUGACGACAUUCGUGCUGUGCAACGAAUGCGGGAACCGCUGGAAGUUCUGCUGACGGCGCCCGGUGACGGGGCUGGAGGGAAUGCGGUGCGAGAUGGGAUGCUGUGACAGCCACAUCGGGCAGCCAG